AUGCGAUACGACGCGACUUACACGGCCUCACAGGCGGAAACAUACGGAAGAAACCGCCAGUCGAUCGCCGACCUCGAACAAGAACUCCACGACAUAUUCACCGACCACCCCCAAUGCACCCUCAACGACGCGGAGGAGCCCGUGAUCCCGGGCGACGCUCUCGUCGAUGUCCUCCGCACCUUCUCGUCCAACCACAACUCCGUCGAGCUCAUGGACAAGGCCGAGGAGGAACAGCUCACCGCGAUCCUCUCCAGCACCCCCGGGCUCCAAGUCACCCCCCAGAUCCUCCUCCAGUUCAUCGCCACGAAGACCGGGGACUCCGGCGCGUUUACGUCGAGCUCGAGCUCGAAUGACUCGCCCUCGGAGAGCGCCCUCGACACAGACGAGGACGAGCGCGGGCGGCAGGAGGAGAGGGACCAUGAGGGUAUGAACAGCCGCUCGUCGAGUCGCGACUCGACCGCGACGUACUACCGCUCGUCGUCGCGGGGCCCGAAGACCCCGCGCGACUCCGUGUUCGAGACGGGCCGGAGGCAGCGGACGACGCCGCUCGGGAAGAAGGAGACGGCGCCCUCGAGCUGGUCGCGCCGACCAGCACCCCCCAGCCGGCGCAAGAGCGAUGCGAGUCAGGGCCACGGUCGCGCGAUGAGCGACUCUGAGUCUAUAUCCUCACCUCCGCCUCAUCAAACGCCCGGGCGCACGCGCGCCCCGUCAAACCCCACGAGUCCUACGUUCACCUCAGCCCAACUCUCGAAUUCAAUCGGCUCUCCAACAUUCAGUGCGACACACUCUCGACCACACUCGCGCGCACAGUCCCAGCCACACAACACAUACACUUCCUUCGACCACUCGUUUGGAUAUGGCUCGUCGCCGGAACGGGACACCGGCCGCACCGGACUCAUGUCCCCUCCGGAGUCCGCAGACGACUCGUUCGAGGACGACCGUUCAUUCGAAGACCAGAUCUCGUCCCUCCAGAUGCCCAAGCGCGACGAUGACGAUGACGAUGAUGAAGACGAUGACGACGAGAUCAACGCGCAUCUCCUCGGGCUCAUCAUGGACCGGUCUGCGGCGUCGUCGACGGCGUCCCUGGACGUGCAGGAGCGGAUGGAGGCGCUUCAGAGGUUGAACACGGACCUCGGGCGCAAGCUCUUGGAGGGUGAGCGGACACUGCAGACCCGGCUCUCUGACCACGAGACCGAGCUCGAGGAGAUGCAGGGCAGGAUCGAGGAGCUGAGGGCGGAGCUCAGUGCCACGAAGCGUGAGGAGAAGGAGCUUCGGUCCAAGGAGCGCCAGAACGCUACACAGAUCGUGGCGCUUGAGGUCGAGCUCACUAGGACACAGAAGAACCUGGAGCAGACCCGCGCGACGUUCAACGGCGUACAGAAGCAGUACUCAGAGCAGUGUGCCGAGUCCGAGCGAAUCCGCAACCAGCUGCGCCUGCGCGACCAGGACAUCAAGGAUCUUCAGGAAGCCGCCCACAUACAGGGCGUCGAGGCGCAGAAGUGGAUGCGCGAGCAAGCGACGUACGAAGAACGUAUCCAGCUCCUGGAGAGUGACCUGGCGAUCGCUCUCCAGGCUCAAGCGCAGCUCGACGAGCAGAAGAACGAGAAUAUGCUACUCAAGGAGACCAUCGACCGCAUGCGGUUCGAUAUGGACGAACUCCGCAACAUGGCGCACUCGGACAAGGGCGGAGGCUCGGGCACCGCCAGUGCACACGGGAGCGUGAGCAAGUCUCUCGGCAUGGAGCUCCUCAACAAGAUGAAGGAUGGCAAGUGGGAGUUGGAGGAAGAGGACACCGACAGCGAACCUUCAAUCGAGAUUGAAGGGACGCCGGAAGAGGAUGACACGGAGUCUGAAGACUUUGUGCAAACGAUCAUCACGCGCACCAAGCGGAAGGUUGCCAGUCGCGCGAAGCACAUCGAGACCCUCAAGAUCGAUGAGAUGAAGGAGUACUCUGACACGGGCACUCAGCACAAUCCUGCUGAGUUCACCACUUCGCUUUCCAUUCAGACAGUUCCUCCACCUAGGGUCUUCGCUGCCAGCGUACAGACACAAGCCACGCUUCUCACGACCAUGUCAAUCCAAACGGACCCGGAACCCAUACCCACCCCCCCUGUCAUCAUCACCGUCGAGCGUGAGAUCCAGACUGAGGCUUGGCAGCCCGAACCCUUGGGCUCUCAGGCUUCAGAUGAGGAUGAUGAGACGCUUGCGUCGUCGUCCUCUACCCUGCUACCGCCAACCCCCAAAUCACAGUCAGAACACCUGCACCCACAUUCCCAUGACCUCCCUCCAGCCUACGAUAAGGUCACCAGUGAAGACAUCGCACUCCGGAUCUCGGACGAAACGCUCAAGAGCUGGCACAAGGGCAUCCAGUUCCCCAUCGAACCGCUCGCGGGCGGAAUAUCGGCAGAUGCCGUCGAGGACUGGAAGGCGAUCAAGGAAGAGCUCGGAGUCGAGUGUGCGGCCAUCGACAAGCUCAUCGAGGAGUCCGCCCGCAACGGCCCGCGCCCCUCGCGAGACGGGUCGAAGGGUCGACGCAAGUCCGGCCGGUUCUACAACAUCUACAACACCUACGUCUACGGCGACUCGGAAGGCAGAGGGUGGGGCCAGAUUGCGAUCUGUGUGGGGGCGUCGGCCGUCGUGGCGUUCCUCAUGGGGCAGGCUUCCGUUCCCCAAAUGGUCCCCGGCGGCGUCACCUACUAUGACCGGGCCGCCUGGGCGAGCUACAACGCGAUGCCGGGAGGUGGUGAGGGCAUCACGGUCGACAGUACUGCGGCUGUGUGGUCGUUCCUCGGUCGUCUCGGCGGCGAUGCUGCGCGUACGCUUGCCGGCUGGCCGACAUAG